ACCACACAGUGUCAGUUCCCGAUCGGCUCCCGAUUCGAAUUAACACGUCGUCGUUGGCGUCGUCAAAUAGGUGAUGAUGAUAUCCGCGCGAUACGCGAGACGCGGUUCAAAUUACUUAGAAGCUUGUGAAGUUCGACGCGUCUAACGAUAAAGCUGAUCAUCAUUCGGCGGCGUGCAAUUGUUUGCAAAACUGUUGUUGUGGAGGUCUCUUAUCUGGUUGGCAUCAGUUUUCUCAAGUCAUUGGUUGUGUGGCAGCUACUAGGAAAAAGUAGCAAAGUACCUCGGUACUGCUUGGGUGUACAACGUGUUUAACAACAAUGUGAAUGUGUCAGCAAAUACAACUGUGUAUUUAUCCGCGUCAGGAAGUUGGCCGGUAGCGCAAUUCAACAGCUGACCUACCAAACGAAGCGACACGACGUUGAAUAUCAAAAAUGCAGGAUAAGGUGGAUGGAGACAAAAGCCGAUAACCAGUGCAAAAAAACCGUGAAUCAGUAUGCAAAAUGUGCUCUGUUUACCUUUGCAAAUUAAUUAAUUGUCCUGCGUGCGGUGAGUUUGUUAUCAAGAAAAGCGUGUGCUUUGGAGGUGAUUGUUUAAGAUUUCUUUGAAUAAAUAAGUAAACGGUAAAGAAUUCCAUGAAGUGUGGUCUGCAUCUGAAAAAACAAGACGUUAAUUGAGCAGUAUCGAAGAAAGUGUGCCUACAAGUUGGAUAGGUGUGUAACAAGUUUCAAAUCGAAAAAAGUGAGCUGCAUACAUAAUGAUUGGAGCUGACACCUAUUUGGAUUGUGAGAAUUCUCGACCUGCCGUCUAAUGCACGGGACAACGACUGGAGCAACAUGGGUAAAACUACGAGCAAAUUAGAUAAACGGCGAUCGCAAAGUAUCUCCUGGAGCCACAAGUUCGGAUCGCUCAACCGAAGGAGAAAACAUGGACCGAUGGUUAUCACUUCUUGUCCCCAUCUGGACGUUUUGGAUUGGCUGAACCGGAUGGACCUGACAGAAUAUCAUGCAAAAUUCAAGCAGUUCAACGGAGUGGAAGACUUUCUGUACUGCAGUGAGGCCGACGUCAAAAAGCUUGGUGUACGGAAUAAUGCUCAUCGUGCUCGGAUGAUCAGCAGCCUUGUCGCACUUCGAGAGAAACCUGCCACAGCAAGUCUCAACCGAUCCGAAACGCUGCAAAGAUCCAUGCGCCACAGCUUGGCGGUGGAACCGAACAAAACUGGUAGCCCCGUCGUCGAGCAGGAAUCAGUCAGCUAUGAAUGUCUGACGGUCGGUAACGCGAAGCAAAGUAAGAGUCUGGGCGAUCUGCUAGAUAUGGAAACACCGGACGGUGGUGGCAACGAAGCGGUCGCCCUGAAAAAAGCCCUCGAAUGGGAACUGUCGCUGGAUUCGAGAGAUUUACGAUCGCACGCCUGGUACCACGGUCCGAUUCCCCGACAGCGCGCCGAGGAGAUUGUACAGCGCGAUGGGGACUUUCUGGUGCGGGAUUGCGUUUCCCAGCCGGGCAACUACGUGCUGACCUGCAAGACCAAGGGACCGACGCUGCAUUUUGUUAUCAAUAAGUUGCUGAUUCAACCCGAGACCGUAUACGAGAGAGUACAAUAUCAGUUCGAAGACGAUGCCUACGACACAGUUCCUGAUUUGAUAACCUUUUACGUAGGCUCAGGUAAAGCCAUUUCAGCCGCCUCCGGAGCACGGAUUCAGUUCCCCUGCAACAGGAUCUAUCCGCUUUCGUUUUACGCUUCCAAGUAUGGCCAGCACGUGGGUGGAAUCCGUGGGCCAAGCCCGCUCAACUCGCCCUCACCCGUACCCUCGUCACCUGGGUUCAGGUAUAACCCUUACACCCAGCAAACGAAUACAUAUCGCAGUCCAAUGUCUUCGCCGCCACGGACAAAGCGUGAAACGCCCCCUCGUCUACCAUCUAAGAAGCAACGUUCGCAAUCUCUAACCCCCCUUCAGGGAGCACAAACUACUCAACAGCGAUACUGUAGCGCUGACGGUGUGAUACAAUCCAAUGGAUCUGAUCCGAGUAGCAAGACACAAUCGAAGCCUUCCAGGUUGACUGGAUCGACAGAGAAGUGCAACAGCGCAGAUGGAGUUAUACAUAGCAACGAUUCUUCUCUCAGAUCGUCCGACGAGAAAUGCUCCAGCGCUGAUGGGGUCGUCAAAACGCAAUCCAUGUCUCGAUCAGGCACCUCUCAAUCUCUCCCGCGAUCUAAUAGCUUAAGGUCUUCCCAUGGAGUGCUGGGCUCGCGUACGUCCAGCAUCAAUAAGGAACCCAGCGAACACUCACUAAGCCCUUGUAUAGAACAGAAGCAGUUCGCUGAAGACGAGGAGGAAUCGGAACAACCUCCAAGUCCUCCGCCGAAGCCUGGACGAGGUGUUCACAGGAACGACUCCAUGAAGGAAGCCGAUCCUCACGGCCCGAUCCAUCGAAUGGGAUCGUACCACCCAAGUGGGUCGGAUUCCGGCAAUGGUUCGGGAGAUUCCGCGCAAAGCUCCGCCACUGGAGAAGACAUGGUCGUUCAACAUCGAGGGGGAGUUAUACUGAAGAAUCCACGCUUCAUUCCGAACUCGAUGUCGUCGAUCACGUUGAGGUCCUACGUAGAUUUUGAUCCUCUGGCCGCCGAAGAAGCACUACUGGCAAUGACUGCCCCAACGUUCGAACAGGUUUCGCGAUUUGACCUCGAGAACUUCAACACACUUUUGCUUCCGUUCUGUGAUUACAAACCACUGGACAGUGGUACGCUCAACACGUUCCGGAUGAUGCUGAGCGAAACGAGUUCCAGGGUGAUUGCGACGCAUUUGACGCGCGUGGAUAUUAGUUUAAUAUUAGAAAAAGACGAAGAGAAAAAAGACAACAUUCUUAAUUGCACCGGCUUAGAAUUGAUCACACUGGAACAGGGACGCCAGUUCCGGUUAGAUCUGAUCGAACGCACCGAAUGUAUGAAGUUGUUGGUAGCUGUUACCAUUUUGACCUGUCAGGACGACCUGGAGCGGGCGGAAACAUUGAACAAGUGGAUACAAAUUGCCGUAGAAACCAAAACUGCCCUCGGGAACCUAUUUGGCUUCUGUGCCAUCAUGCUCGGAUUAUCGAUGCCACAGAUUCAAAAGCUGGAGACGACGUGGCACACAUUACGCCAAAAGUACACCGACAGUGCAUUUAACUUCGAAGCUAAACUACGACCUACGCUGAACAGCAUGAACGACUGCUCGAACCCCCAAGCGCCGAACACGACGAUACCGCACAUACUGCCAUACAUACUGGUUAAGGAUCGCACAAUCACCGACAUUCUUGUAGACCCUCUACAGCAGUCGCAGAAUUGCUCAUCGUUGGUGACGAGCUGUGUAACGCCAUGGGAAACCAUAACUCAGGAUUUCGGCUUUUCGGUACUGUUCGCCCAUCUGGACGCGGCGCGAAGUUUCGUGAACAAUCUCUCGCUCUAUCGAAAGAACGCACAUGGAAUUAUGCAGGAUACCAGCCGACUCGAUACCUUGCUCGAGGAUGCUUUCAGGACCGAAUUUCAAGUAAAGUUCCUCUGGGGCAGCAAGGGUUGCUUCGCUUUGGCCGAGGACCGACACGCCAAGUUUGAACACGUACUCACGGUGAUGGCGGAAAAAUUUUGCGGUGACUCAGCAGUGAAUGCAGCCGGCUAAAUUAGCAGCAUAACACCGAAAUCAAACAACAACUCUCCAAGUCAUACAUUUUCCUAUCGCUCAUCUCUUUCCAAGCUCGCAAAUACAUAACUAUAUCUCAACCUACUCAUGUUAUCAGGCAUCCCAAAAUCGAUACCGAAAAACAACCAACUUUUGAUAGAGGCAGAUUAGAAUUUUAUGCAACAACUUUUAGCUCAAAUAUUGAAAGACCUACAAUUUAUGACGGAAAAUCAAACGAAACAAUAAAUUCAAAAGUUUAGAAAGAAUCUUACGCGCAUGAGGAAUUUUUCAGAAUAUCGAAUGAAAUAGAAAUUAUUUCUUUUUGGAAGUUGUUUAAACAUAAGUCGAGGAAACGGAGGAACUUGUCGAAUCCAAUAUACUAAAAUAUGGCAACUCUUUCAGCGAACCGAUUUUUUGAUACAAAAUAACCAAAACUAGUCAAGAUGGAAUCGAAGUACUUACUCGUAAUUGAUUGUGUUUUGUGACAUGAAGGAUGAUUAAGAAUAAUUCUAAUUUACACCAAUUUUACAAACGGAAACUUAACGUACGGAUGAGUGGAGAAACAUUUUUAUAGAGUUUAUACAAAUCAAACCGCAUACAAAACAUAUGAAACUCUGUAUUGCGAUGUUAAUAUGACCUUGUUUUUGCUUUUUGUAUGAAAGUUCCCUCUAGAUUUCGUAAAGGUGAUCACCACUGAUAAAAUAGACUGCAUGAUUUGCUGAUAAAUUUCUCAGUUUAGCACCUUCCAAAGCAAUACCGUAAAAUAUCGAUUCGAAUGCCUCAAAGUGGAAGCAACAGUCGUUCGUUACUUUUCUUAGCAAUUUUGUAUCCAAACUCUUGAGCAGUAUGAGAAAUAUUGUAGUGCAUGUAGAACCACACACAAAAACAAAAAUGAAACUAUCUGCAAGAAGCAAAUGUAAAGGCAUAACAUUGAACCAUUAAUACAAGUAGUUAAUCUUUAACAUACUUCUCGGAAAAUAUUUAAACAAAAACUGUACGAUAAUAACAAUCACAUGUUUAUACCAAGAGAAGAUAAUUUAUAUACCCUUUCGUAGAACAACAAUGAUACUUAAUCUCACUAAUUUGUUGGACUAAUUUGAGAAUAGUCAUGGCGUUGUUAAAAUUUAACUGAUGAAAAUAUUGCAACCCACACAAAAAAGAUUUUCCGUUAAAUGGAAACCAGAAACCUAAUGUACCAGAAAACCGAAAAAGCAACCAAAAUACCGAUUUUAAAAGUGACAAACACCUACGCUAAUCAGUACAUAUACCUAAUGUAGACGAAAGAAGUCGUUUAUUGUACCGAUUUGAUCAAGCUUAUUUAUUUACCAUAAAGGCAACAAAACUAAAUUAAAGUAUCACACAAUAAAGCACACAUUUCGGAUAUAUAAUAGUAACCAAACGGUAUCUACUAAAAACUACAAAAAAAAAAACUGAUGGACUUUGAGCGGGUGACAAACAACUGGUAAAUCGGAAAGUAUUACGUAAUGAAGAAAGCGGAAAGCUAAUUUCCUACACUCGGUGAAACGUUGGAAAGUAACAAUAAGCCAAAACGAUGGGCACAGCCAUGGUCGAUCGAUCGAGAAAGUUCUACAGAUACAAGUGUCACAUGUUUGUAUUAAUCAUACCGGUGCGCAAAUACGAGUAUGAUAUUUAAACGCAGGAAAUGAUUGAGUAAUAAAAAUAUUUAAAUGAGA